CCGAAAAUGUGGUAGUGGCGGUGUUUACUGAAGUGCUUGAAUAUUGCUGCGAUCCUGUCGCUCGUCUUCAUUGUGCACAAUGGUGUUAGAUACUUUCAACCUAAAUGUUGGAGUGCUCGGACAUGUAGACAGCGGAAAGACGUCACUGGCGAGAUCCUUAAGCACGACAGCAAGCACGGCAUGCUUCGACAAGAACCCUCAGAGUCAAUCGCGCGGGAUCACACUCGACCUCGGUUUUUCGUCUUUUCAAGUGGAAGCGCCCGAGCACUUACAAAGCCAUUGCCGACAUCUCCACUUCACGCUCGUCGACUGCCCUGGGCACGCUUCGCUCAUACGUACAAUUAUUGGCGGAGCCCAAAUCAUUGACUUGAUGAUGUUGGUGAUAGAUGUGACCAAGGGUAUACAAACACAAACAGCUGAGUGCCUUGUCUUGGGUGAAAUAACCUGUGACCACAUGCUCUUGGUUCUCAACAAGAUUGACCUGCUUCCAGAAGCUGAUAGAGACAAGCAAAUUGACAAGAUGACAAAAAGGUUAAAGAAGACUUUGGAAAAGACCAAAUUUGCCGAUGCAGCUGUUGUACCUGUGGCUGCAAAUCCUGGGGGAGCCGAAACUGUUGAGCAAGCAUCUGCGCUGGGAUUGACUGGAUUAGUAGAAGCUCUAUGUCAUGCUGCCAGAUUGCCUGAACGACAGGACAAGGGGCCCCUUGUUUUGUCUGUGGAUCACUGCUUCUUAGUCAAGGGUCAGGGCACAGUACUCACAGGCACCAUUCUGCAGGGCUCAGUUAGCAUCAAUGAUGUGGUUGAGAUUCCAUCCUUGAAAGUGACCAAGAAGGUCAAAAGCAUCCAAAUGUUUCGCAAGCCAGUGAACAAGGCCAUACAGGGUGAUCGAGUGGGUGUGUGUGUGGGCCAGUUGGAGGCAUCACUGCUUGAGCGGGGUCUGGUGUGCAGCCCUGGCCACUUGGGAGCACAACUCUUCCUACUGGCACGGGUGGAGCCUGUGGUUCACUUCAAGGGCCCUUGUCCCUCUGGAAGCCGCUUCCACAUGUCAGCUUUGCAUGCUACUCUCAUGGCUAGGGCAUCUUUCUUGAGUUGUCCCAAGGGGGCAGCCCUUGAAGAAAUUGGACUGCGUUGGGACCCUGAGCUACUCAGUGGCCAGGCUGCUGAAGGCCAAGAGCAGUGGGCCCUGUUGGAGCUGGACCAGCCAGCUCUUCUGGCACCAGACAUGCUGCUGAUAGGCUCCCGUUUGGACAUGGACCCUCAGGGGAAGGCAUGCCGGUUGGCUUUCCAUGGACGCAUCCAACGCUGCUAUGUAGACCGGUCAGCUCUCACGGGCCUGCCUGUCUUCAAGGAAAAAAGUCGCAAGGGCCUUCUGGAUCGUGUAUUGAGUGAAGACGAGUUGGUGGUGCGCUCUCUGUUCUCCAAGGGAUCUGACCUAGCUGCUUUCCAUGGACUCUGGGUGAAAAUGGCUACCGGAGACUGGGGCACUUUGGCAGGCCCCUUUGGUCAAGGCGGCAAAGUCCGUGUGCGUAUUCAUGGCGAACCAUCUGCAGAGCUGCGCGCCUUGCUACCACAAGAGCGUGGUAAGCGCCCACCACAGCCUGCAGACCAAAAGCCCAUCGAGGCGGCUCUCCAGUUUAGGAAGUAUCUGUAUGACACCAGCAGCAAGAUGGUGCAGCCCAAAGUACCACCUGGACUUUACCGACCAAAAUGACAACUAAGCUGCCUUUGUAAAUAAAUCUGCCAGUA